AGGAAAUGCGCCCAAGAUACAACAAUUGCUUCAACUCAAGCUCAACGGUAUGUCCCAGCUGCUCUUCAUCCAUGAAGUUGCAGUCAUGCGCUGCUCUAUGAGGGGCUUGACACUCACGGAGAAGCAAUGUGCAAUUGCUCCAGACAGCGCAGAUGGUCUUCCUGAAUUCCCGAGUUGAAUCAUGAAUCUGUAUCUCAACCGUUACUCGUUAGUGUGUCCUUCGCCGUUUACUAUCGUUGGCGAUACAUGUACGGAGAAGAAGGACGACCUGCGAAGGAGCGCUCGGUGUAAAGAUCCUAGUGAACGAAUGAAAUUUCGAACAUAAGCCACGAUAUAGUACACGUACUGCGACGCCGAAAACGUCCCCAUUUUCCGACUUGACAGCUCCUACACACGUCACCUCAGCUAUCAUGGGAGUCUGCCAGAGCUCUUGUGCUAACUCUAGCAGUCUCGAGUACUACGACGCCUGGGGGCACCAGCCAAUUCGCCGACCAUACAAACCCAACGGCUGUGCUGGUUACCGCCCCAAGGACGACACGAAGCUCUGGAUGUGCGAGCGUGGCUGCUGUUCCAUCCGCUGGAAGCUCGACUAUGCUGAGUUCCAGAACUACUUCAAGUACAUCGAGGUGUCUCCGUAUGUGGUGCUGCAGGAUAAGACCCAGCAGUGCGAUUGCGUCAUGUGUCGCGGGAUGGCAGACUCGUCGCCACCUCAAAGGAGGUGGAAGGACUCGUUCAUGUUUAAGAAGGACAGCAACUCGCUCACCGACGGAUCACUCACAGACGACGAACCAGAGAGACUGGAUAAUCCGUAACAAGCAAUGCAGUUUUAGAGCAUUUUGGAGACCUGUAUUACUAGUAAAUGUACUAGUAGCUCAUAGUGCUUCUUUCCAUCAAUUAUAGCGCAAACUUGGCUGCAAGAACGAGUGUAUCCGGCGGUAGGGCUGGAGAGGUGGGCUCUCGUUCGAGCAACUUCGAUUUGAUCGUCUUUAAGCAAAC